AAAUAACGUCUCGUGUGUUUUCACCGCUCGUUGUGAUAAAAUUAGCCUCGGCGCCUGUAAUAACGUGUUGUAGGGGUAUUUACAGGACUUCUCUGGACUCAUCCAAGGCGCCAUUGUUUACAGAUGGCUCAAGCAGAGCAGAUCAUGAAAUGGUUGACUGAGGAAGGUCUUGCACCUGAGUCCUCCAAAGAGGCCCAGCUGACUUUUCUGUGGCGUACCUUCCUUCACGCAAGAAGCUGCCUGGACAGUGUGACUAAGGAUCUGGAAACCAGCCGCUUGCAACAUUUUGCAGAGAUGGCAGAGGUACGCAAGUCUUUGGAGCAGAUCAAAAUCCUCACAGAGCAGAAAGACGUUUUGGCCCAAGAGAUACAAGAUGAGAACGAACAACUCAGAAAGCAGCUGCUGCACCUCGUAUCACUGCAAGAUGCCCAGAUAAAUGAGGUGGCUAAAAUGUUGUACCAGCAGGGUCUCACGGAGCUGAUUCACAGCACCCCCAGUGAGCAGGUAGCGUAUCUCCUGGUUGAGAGAGCGUCCCUGCUUGAGAGGAAUCAUGAUCCUGGUGAGCUGACUUGUGAUGGAGACCUGGAGAGUCGAUUGAGGACCCACACAGAACCACUGAACACCAGCAUAUGCCCGACUACCCACAAGAGGGCCCCACGACAUUUACAAAGCUCAUUGAAGAAAAUUUUUGGACUCCAUAAGAAUAUAGAGAGGAAGCACACCUUCGUACCUGGUGGGGAGACACUUUUGGCUGGUCAACCAAGAAGUUUGGAGAAGGAGUUUUCCCGCCUGGAGCGGGAUGUGGAAGAGGGUUCACGCAGGCUGGCCAUGGCACACAAUGAGAUCCGGCAUUUGAAAGAUGAGCUGGAGUCUGCUCACUUUACCCAGAAAGCAUACGAGCCUGAGCUGCAGUCAGCACAGGAGGAGGUGGAGCAGCUCAGGAAGGAAGUAGAAAAACUUAAACAAUACGAAAUGGUCGAACUGCGGAAGGCCAAAGAGCUUAAUGACCGUCUGGACCUUGAGAUAAGAGCCUUGAGAAACAGAGUCCGCUCUCUGGAUGCAGAGAAAAACGCUCUGAAGAAGAUGGCAGCGUUUCAGCAGGAGGAAGCUGAGAGGUUGAAAUCAGCCCUGCAGGGGCAGCAGCGGUCACUAACUGGAGAGGUGAAGGCUGACCAAGACAAUGACAAAGAAAACGAUAAACAUUUUUCACAUCCGCCUAAAACAUUUGCAUAGUACUGUAAUUACCAGACGAGAUACGGGAAGUAAAGGACAAUGAAUCAUGUGGGACAUUCCAAACCGACAAGUAAGAAAAAUUCACCUAUUCAACGUUCUGAAAUCCACUGACCCACAUUGAAUAAGACAAUAUUGUUGUUACCAAGCUCAUUUUACUUGGUAACAACAAUUAAACAAUUUGGGAUUAAUAAAGUAUUUUUGAAUUGAAUUAACAACACACCAUGGUGACUGGGUGAGAUGCUUUCUUAUGAAACCUUCUCUUACAUCUCCUUGGAAACCGCCUGUUCUGUUAUUGAUAUGAUUCAAAGUAUUCACCUAAUGUGUAUGGACUGGAAAAGAGGUGCGUUAUUUGUUUUCUACAGACUGAAGUGGCUGAGCUGACAAAGAGUGACAAAUUGUACGUAUAUAUGCAAGAAAAAUUAACUGCGAAGACACGACAGCCUAUGGAAAAUCAGAAGGGAAAUGUUGAAAAUCUCCAGGAGAUGGUGACGCAGUUGGAGUUGGCUGUGUGGAACCUUCAAGGUUGCUUCAGGGUUCAGAAAGGCCAAGCUAAUGAGCUAACUAAUUCCGGGAAAACCGACGUAAUUCAGGUCCAAGAAACCUGCAAAGAUGAA